AUGGAGGAGGUCGAGAAUCCACUGAAGUACGACCGCAUUGUCCAUAAUAUCUAUUCGUCUCAGUGGAACCUGCAAACCCUUGCCUAUCUAUGCACAAUCCACCGUGCUUGUGGUCAAUGCAACAAUAAAAAAGAAGUGGUCUUUGGAAACGAGCUGUUCUCGGCAUGGGAGAAUGAGCCUGAUUUCCACUGGCCUUGGUGCGAAGGGUAUUCUGAAAAUUUCGUAGAUCCUCCGCAACGCAUUCGAGCGGCUCUCGACCGAGACAUCAAGGACGAAUUUAUUGGAAACGAUCGGGAGCUAGUCGUAUAUGUCCGAGGACUAUCUCUUGGUCUGGCGGUCCAGGACCCUUUGGUGAUUUUUCCUUUGGACGAGCCUUUGGAGGACACUACGUUUUUUAAUCGGUAUUGGGAUUUUACUUCGGAGGUUGAGCCCCGUAUACUAUUGGACCUACGCCCUCUGGCCAAAGUAUGGGCCAUUUCGGUUGAACUCCUAGGGCACCCGUGGACCGACCCUGAAACGACAACGGUUGUAACAGAAUUGGCUGAGCGUCGCUCAGCAGCCAAGGGCCGAAAACGCGAGCGCGAUCUGGAUCCAUCAACUGAAAGGAAAUCCGCUCCCAUUGACCCUCGCUCUCCUGUGCGAGGGUUCUUUCUGGAGGCUACCCCAAAGCCAGUUCGCGACUCUGUUGCCCCCGAUAAGGAUGAUGCGAUGAUGAUGAACACCACGGGUCCAUCGUUAAUUAGCCCCACCAAUAAACCAGUCAACGGCGAGUUUGCUUAUUGGUCUGACAAUGACGGGUCGGAGUCCGUUGAGUCGGCUCCGGACUUUUCUGCACCAUCGAAUUCGGACCAACCUCCUACUGAAGUGGUUGUGGGGAAGUCACCUGCCCCAGCUCAGCGGGCCAACGACCCCUCGGCAACAGUAUUGAUCGACUCUCACUUGUCGAAGA